UGUUGAAAUUAGGACCAAUGUCACGGAUAUAAAACCCCCACCCAAUCCGAUCCAAUUUCUCCACAACUCUCCCUUAAAUUUCUUCAUCCAAAAUGACACGUGUCAAAGAUUUUUUUGGCAAAGAAAUUGAUUUUUCUAAAAGGAAGAAAAAAAUCUACUUGGCCAUUGUUGCCUCAGUCCUGCUGGUUGCUGCAGUAAUCGGAGUAGUCGCCGGAGUAAAAUCUCAUUCGAAAAACUCCGACGAUCAUGCAGACAUAAUGGCCAUUUCGUCUUCAGCCCAUGCUAUUGUAAAAUCUGCGUGUAGCAACACUCUACACCCCGAACUGUGUUACUCUGCGAUUGUCAAUGUUACUGAUUUCUCAAAAAAAGUAACAAGCCAAAAAGAUGUGAUUGAAUUGUCCUUGAAUAUCACUGUCAAAGCCGUUCGACGCAACUACUAUGCAGUCAAGGAACUCAUCAAAACUAGAAAAGGUUUAACCCCACGAGAAAAGGUUGCGCUGCAUGACUGCCUGGAGACGAUGGACGAGACACUCGACGAGCUCCACACUGCUGUAGAAGAUCUGGAGCUAUAUCCCAACAAGAAAUCAUUGAAAGAACACGCGGAAGACCUGAAAACUCUAAUAAGUUCCGCAAUUACAAACCAGGAAACUUGCCUCGACGGUUUCUCUCACGAUGAGGCCGAUAAAAAGGUGCGCAAGGUUUUGUUGAAAGGCCAAAAGCACGUGGAAAAAAUGUGCAGCAAUGCUUUAGCUAUGAUCUGUAACAUGACCGAUACCGACAUUGCAAAUGAGAUGAAAUUAUCGGGCCCCGCCAAUAACAGGAAGUUAGUAGAGGAUAACGGCGAGUGGCCGGAGUGGUUGUCCGCCGGCGACAGGAGGUUAUUGCAGUCGUCGACGGUGACGCCCGAUGUGGUUGUGGCGGCCGACGGAAGCGGAGAUUACAAAACGGUGUCGGAGGCGGUAGCAAAAGCGCCAGAGAAGAGUAGCAAGAGGUAUGUGAUUAGGAUAAAAGCAGGUGUUUACAGGGAAAACGUGGAUGUGCCAAAGAAGAAGACGAAUAUUAUGUUUAUGGGAGAUGGCAAAAGCAAUACAAUAAUCACAGCAAGUAGGAAUGUGCAAGAUGGUAGCACUACCUUCCACUCUGCUACAGUUGCCGCGGUGGGGGAAAAGUUCUUGGCCCGGGACAUAACCUUCCAAAACACAGCAGGAGCCUCGAAGCAUCAAGCCGUGGCACUUCGCGUGGGCUCUGAUUUGUCCGCAUUUUAUAGAUGUGACAUGUUGGCUUAUCAGGACACCCUCUACGUCCACUCCAACCGUCAAUUCUUUGUACAAUGUUUAGUCGCUGGUACCGUUGAUUUUAUAUUCGGGAAUGGUGCUGCUGUUUUUCAAGACUGUGAUAUUCACGCCAGGCGUCCUGGUUCGGGCCAGAAGAACAUGGUUACUGCUCAAGGAAGAACUGACCCGAACCAGAACACUGGUAUUGUUAUCCAGAAAUGUAGAAUUGGUGCAACGUCUGAUUUGAGACCGGUGCAGAAGAGUUUCCCUACAUAUCUAGGAAGGCCGUGGAAAGAGUAUUCGAGGACUGUGAUCAUGCAAUCGUCGAUUACUGAUGUGAUCCAGCCUGCUGGAUGGCAUGAAUGGAAUGGGAAUUUUGCAUUGAAUACUCUGUUUUAUGGGGAGUAUGCAAAUACAGGGGCAGGAGCAGCGACGUCAGGAAGAGUUAAAUGGAAAGGGCACAAGGUAAUUACAAGUUCAACUGAGGCCCAAGCUUAUACUCCUGGCAGGUUCAUUGCUGGAGGUAGUUGGUUGAGCUCCACAGGCUUCCCUUUUUCUCUUGGUCUUUAAAACUAAAAAUAAAUACGAGGGAGUUUCAAUUACUACUUUUUAUUUGGAGACCUAAGUGUGCAGGGCAUUGGCAUUUAAAUAACAAGAUUCUUUCACGAAUUUCCCUGUUUUGUCAACUUCCAUUCGUGCUGAAGAAUUUUAAGUAAUGUACAUGUUAAUAUUAA